AUACAACAUGGCGGAUGAUGAAGUCUGCCCGACUUCAACAAACUUUAUACAUCCUAGAAUCAUCUUUAUCCGCCUAGGAAAGGACAGAACUAAAGAUGCUAUACAGAAUAAAAUCUUCAAGGGUGUAAGGAAGGCUUUAAAAGACUUGAGCAACGUGGAAGGGGCUUCAAAGCCUGACAAAAAUGUUUUAGUUUUGUCAUCUGUGCUCUCUCGUGGCGUGCUAGAUAUUGCAAUUGGAGAGCAGUAUGUCGGCUUACUUUUAAAAGAUGGCCGUGUUUGUAGGUUCAAAUGUGUUUGUAAGAACUUUACGCCAUCUACAAAGGGGAAAAACACAGCUGUUUCGGACGAACCGAUCUUUCAGGUUCAAAGCGACGAAGCAUACGCGAAGAGACUCCACGAACAGCUAAACUCUAGUGGCCUUACUGGUAAUACCAGCAGUCUGAAUGAGUUUAAUGGCUUGGGRGARUCAUCUUUUGGCUUGGCACAGCAGCCAUUUAGAUUUGGAAGCCUARCAAGCGAGUCUGAAGUKCCCACAGAUUCAAUUUUGAACUUCRCUGAUUCAAAUUUUGAAAGCAUCAUUCCUAAUGAAACAMMUCGGCAUGUUGAGGAUCAAAGCUCUGUAGAUCAAACACAACCUACAAACUCUGAUAUUUCUAGUGAUAUACCCAAGGUGUCUAAUCAAGAAAGUUCCUCGAGUAAAGCUUCAAAUCUACCUUCAUCUAGCUCAAGUGCAUCCGAAAAYUCAAAAGAUACUUUAUCAAAAACAUCAACUGAUGUGAACAAACCUGCUGGUAAUUUACCAGGAAAUUCAAAGUCAGAUACUAGCUUACCUUCUAGUAAUUCCASCGCCGGUAACAUUAACUGGAGAGCUGAUAACGAACCACAGAAUCAUAUCAGUGUAACRAACGUACUAAGUACAAGAUCUCAAUCAUCAGGUUACUUAUCAAGAAGGCCUCCCCCAUCUCCCACAGUUGUGCACCGGACCAUUUUAACUGCCGAUCACCCUAUYGUAAUCAGACCUUCACGCCCCUAUUUUGUYUCGCCCCAUAUUUUGAUACCAUCAUUUUCCCAAGUUUCUUCGACACCUGGGGUUUAUAUUGACGCCAGACGGCUAGCAAGUAACUUGGCUCAAAGAAAUCAAGUUCGUAUCAUGCCGAGGUCUGGACGGAGGCACCUUAGUAGUCCGUAUUCAACCCGUAGGAAUCAGGAAGCUGCAAGCUCGAGGAGAGAAAUGAGAAACAGCACAGAACAGCAAGCGACAGAAGAGACUAAUAGCGAUUUUAACUAUCCUGAAGCUGGUGAUAUUGAAUGGCUACAGACAGAAACUGGCGAAGAAAUCAAAUUUUCACACAUUGUGGCAUURCAUACUGAGUUCAUCUUGGUCGAAAAAGAAACUGGACGUCUCUAUCACUGGCCAUACCAUUCCGAUGCUACCAAUCCAAUUGCUAUGGAAACUGACAUCCCUGAUGCCGACUUCACUGAUACUUCAUGCUCGGACACACCCAAAGCAAGGGUAUCACCCUUGUUAAGUGAAUUAGAACUGCAUGGAGAGCAAGUUGUGAUCAUCGCUGCUCAAGGGAUUCGAUGCACUCUUGUCACAAAAAGUGGAAAAAUCUGUACAUUUUAUGACAACUUUUUCCGAGAAAAUAACAAAGGAAUGGUUCCUGCGCUAAUACAGCAGCUCUCCCAUCCAGCUGUUCAUUUUCCUGAGCUUCAAGGUGAAACCAUCACAGCUGUUGAUUGUAGUGAGUUCUUUUCCAGUGUAAUGACACACAAAGGAAAGAUUUAUUGGUGGGGUCUUUUGCCAUCAGAAGAAAGACAGGACUUCAAACAAAAACAAAACAAGGAAAACAACAAUGUCUGUAAUAUCUCUGUGAAUGACAAGGUUCAGCUUCGUAAACAUCUACCUGGAUUUCCUGGAGCUCUGGUAUUCAAGUCAUCUGAAACAUUUGGUCCUCAGCUUGGUCGGCUUCUAUCACAUGAAACAGAUGGUACCACACAAAAACCGGUGAAGAUUAAAGUUGAAAAAAUAGUAUCCAAAUACGAUUCUAAAGCAAGCUCAAGAUCAAACUCUCCCAUCGUCAGUACUCCAUCUAGAAUUGAGGCAGUUYUUGCCAGAGGAUCGGCAUCACCAAUGCAUACCAUUGCUCAGGAARCAAGAUCGGGCAGUCCACAUACCAACAUCAAGAACCUGGACGCACCAUCUCGUAGCAAUCCAAAUAUUGAAGUGUGGGAUGUCAACGAUGUUGUGUUUCUUGAGAGUGAAAGCAAAAUUCUUGGGACAGUUGCAGCCAUUGAUGGGCCUCAUGUCAUAGUAAAGGUUGAUAGUUCCAACAUUACCAGUGACACUUCUCUAAGAGUUUUCAAAGUAUCAGAACUAGAGUCUGUCUCWGAUGAGAACRGUACCUCUCACGGUGCUUCRACAUCAACUAUUGCUCCCAUCACCACAAUGUACMGAGGGUGUAUCCAAAACGCACCCAAGUGYAUCCUCGACGGUACUCGAUCAUCAAGCGCUGCUGAUAAGGAGGUGUUAACAGGAGUUAAYCCUGUAGCCAUGGCAGCAACAUCGGCAGGGAUAUCUGCCCUUGUGGAGCACCAUGAUACUAGACGUGCUAUCUUUAUUGGACCAGUUGUKGACUCAACCAAUAGUGAUAAAGUGUUUACAUGCUGCGAAGACAUGACAACAACACGAGGCAGUGAUGAGGGCUGCACAACUGUCGACUGCGAGAGUAUUUCUAGCAAAGARGGGGGAUUGGAUUUAGUGUCUGUGUGUCCAGACACUGCAAAAAUAGGACAGAAACGAAAACAUCCAGUCAGUAACGAUGGAGUAUCUCCCAGUGAUCAAUAUCAAGRAAAUAGUAUAAGACUUUCAAGGGUGAAAACACAAGACGCACGGACACCUUCUUUGCACAAGUCCACUGGUUCUAAUGUCAUUCUAUUGUGUGAUAACAAUGGGUGUCUUUAUCCAAGGCCGUUUGGUACUAAGUURUCUGAACCAUGUGCUGUGGAACUGCCUCCUCUUCAUUGUCUCGGCCUUGGYCCUCGUCUUGGUUUUACAAGCAAAUGUGAUACYGAAGAAAAAAUUCUAGCUGUCUUUUUGGCUUUCAAAGAACAAAGGUUAAUAGCAGCCAUCCAGUCUGGUAUAUUAUCCAACGUGACUGACUUACUAAAGGAAUUGGAAGCCAUCCAUACAAACAGCUAUAAAGGGAAGUCAGCUCUUAAUGGCAGCAAGAAAGUAGCUUAUGAUGGAGAAAACAGCCAGCCUUUACCUUAUUCACAACCACAAGAUGAGGAAYCCAAGCAGGCAGUACCAUCAUUCAGCCAGGAAAUCCUSACCAUUAUCAAYGAACACACCAGCUCUAACCAGAAUGCACUCCAUGUAGCCUGCACAAACCCUGCUUAUCUCAUGACGGCAGAACAAGCUAAAAAACCUUUAGAGACUUUACUGGAAWGUCUAGACAAUUCAGGUGACAGUACAAAGAAUCCUGACGAUGCCAUACAAGAUUGUGUUGAAGUAUCUAUUAUAGAUAAACUUCUCCAUAGCCAAGUGUUUGCUGGCAAGUUUGUCCCAAUGCUUAUGGAACGUGAUGCGAAAGGCUGUACACCAUUCAUGCUCUCUAUACAGUCUCAUAACUUCAAGGGAGCCUUGUACAUCUUGAAUUAUGUCAUCCAGCACGAAGGAAAAUACUACGGCGAUUGCAAAAUCUCUAUGGAAACUAUGAUUUUUCCAUCAACCUUCAGCAACAUCACGCCAUUACAUGCCCUAGCUAUYGCAUGUACCUCAAACCUCCCUGCCAGUGGACUGGGGAAYAGYCUCACUGUGUCAAAUCUCCCCUCUGGGUACACCCCUAGAAUUCUGUUGAAGCUAUUCCAGGCUAAUUAUCCAUCAGCGUAUCGAGCUACCAUCCCUCCUAUGGUAGAGGCUAAAAAGUAUCCAAGAGCUAAGACUCCUAGACAGCGAAUMUUAGAACUCGCACACAAAGAAAAGGGCACUGCCACUUUAAAACCCACUGAAGCCAAAAAGACAACACUCGCACCAGCUUCAACAUCAGCGCAGCCCGGGCUAUCAUCAACUCGUCCUGGUCGCYUGUCUGAGGGAGGAAACAGGAUUCCUAUUGUAGGGAGUCGGAGGGAAUCCAUACAAGGUAUGGUUACAUUUUCUGACACUAAGGAGCUUCGUCAAGCUCUCAUUGAGAUGGACAAACAUAUGGUUUCCAGCGAAACACUGGCACCUGAAGGAGGACUGGCGAACUUGGUGCAACAUGUAUUGCACGUCAAACUGACAGAGCUUGACUUAGAAGAGAACGAGAAGCUUGAAAUGGAGGUUGGCAUUCGAGGCGAUGUGUACAAUGUUUCUACGUCAAGUGGGACGACGAAAAUCAGCCGUAAAUCACAGCCAAGCGAUGCCAACAAGAACAAAGAAAUGGAUAUUGAAGAUAAUUUGAUUUGCCAGCUAUUUUCGCGUCUUCUUUCAUAUUCAAAGAUGGCUACCGCUAGAAACAGCCAUGACGACACAGUUCUUUCRUUCUUUGUCAACAACUCUCGUUGGAUCAAGUCAACAGCGCAACAAAAACAGCGCCUUCUAAAGUACAGUAACAAACUCUUCGGCUCUGAUCCCGGAGAACCAACAAAGGGACCCCAAGCUGAUCGUACCAAAGGUAACAAUGACAUUACCGCUGAGAUAAAGAUCAAGGGCUCAAGUGGAACCCAGGCCACAAUCGAGAGUAAUUUGUUGGCUCAGCUUGACGAGAUUUCYAGUAGCUUCAGAAGUCUUGUGGAUACACUAGCGGCUCUAGAAGACAGAGUAACGGUCGAUGAAAAYGGAGAACAGAAURCAGACYCUGAAAAAGCACCAAAGAUUGAGGAACCUUCUAAAGAAGGUGCUGCAGGAACCUCAGGGGACCUUAUUGAUCUGUCCUCKGAAGCCCCAUCAGGAGAUGCCCCUGAAARGGACGAAAAUUCACUUCCAAUUUUGAUACAACUUGCUCAAAAUUGGCCUUGUGUUUCUGCCAGCGUUUUGGGGUUCUCUCCCGUUGUAACCGAAGAAAGUGCUAUGGAGGGCUUGGAGAAUACUGGGAAUAUGGACCCAAAGAACGUUUCUGGGRCAUCUCACCAAGGCCCUAAGAAAAAUAGGCCUAGUAGUUCUUGUGCUAUUGAUGGUUUUGUAGUUGAGCUUCUUAGUAAUACAGACAAGUCAGUAUUAGUGACCUUUGUCGAAACUAUAGUCAAGGAGAUCAAUAAGUACCCAAAGGAACUAUUAUUAGAAAACACCCGACGAAAUAUGGACCUAGAGGGACCUUUUACACCAAGCGGGCUUGCCAUAGCUGUUGGAAUGAAGUUCCUGAGGGCCGUUAUUAGACAAAUGUCUGUACAUCUAAGCCGUAGCGGGGUUUCAUACGUGGAUUUGAGAAGUAGACUGGGCUCUAGUUCUCAGUCCUCGCCAAUAUCGUUUGGUUCUGAUCAAAAUAGCAACGUCGAAUUCAAGCAAAAAGUCAGGAUGAUCCUCAAGUCAUUCUCGUGGUUAGGUAUCUACGAACUUGUCCAGGCAGCCGAGGCGACAGUGUUGCCAGUUCGAGAGGGCGUAUCCAAAGCACAAGCCAAAUCGACCAGAGCAAGCAUYAGCAAUAACUUACCAACACCGAACGUGUUYCAUGGUGGUCGGUAUCGAGGGGCUCGACCAGGGAUUCGCGUAAGUCAGUACGACAAUAGAUCAACAAAUCAAGAAGCCAUGUUGCGAACUGCAUUCAGGUUGACGUCAUGAUAUCCAUCCAACCACGUGACCCAAGCUCGGUUAAGGAAACCGUCAUUCUGGACGACCCGGUUUUACCUGUUUUAAGUAUCAGUCCUGAGGAAUGCAGUAACAUACAGGAUUGCGUGACAUCUUUGUUGAAUGUCACGUGGGUGUGGCUGGCAAAGGUAUUGGACGUGGUGGAAGGACAACUACAACGUGGAAAGUGCUUUGAUACAAAGCGUUACUUAUCUUCUCUACAAAAAACAGAUGAUAGUGACUUCUCACCUCUUUCCCGCUCGUCCACAACGAUUUCUGGUGCCUCUCCUGAAGAAUAUUUGAUGUUCCUGCUACGUUCCCAUAGUAACGAGCACAGCGAUACAUUACCUGUGAUUGACAUGCUGUGCUACGAGCAUAUGGUAUAUAUACUAGACUCUUUCCUCUACUGCGCCGAGCGCUGCACCAAACCAGAACAGACCCUAAACAGAAGCGCGUCCUCCAUCAGCAGUGUCGAUGGUGACGAAUCUAGUUUCGGUCUCCACUCGAUCGAUAUAAGCCGAGUUCAUAGCGAGCCUGGGACUUCAAAUGCUCAACCCAACCCAAGACGCAUGCGCAGUAAAGAACGUGAAAACAAUGUCAAAUUUUUCGGAAUGAACGUGAACGGGAGGGACCGGGACGAGUUUUUGCAAAACCUCCAAGCUACUUUAUUGAAGAAGUCCCGGAUGUUGGUUCCCAAGGCAACWUGGGAGGUGUUUACUCAUAAUGUGGGGACUCUGAGGAUWAAGUCUGUUGAUGAAAUGGCUGGAAAGACCGGAAGUGGCGAUGAGCAUGAACUUCCGGUUUCAAUUGAAAGUACCUCAAGAAUAUCAUAUCCAUAUCCAUUGGUGCAGCACUGGUCAGCGGAUCAAAUCAUCGAUAGAUGGAAGAUUUCUGUUGACUUAUUUUCCCGCCUUUUUCUCGCUGACGGGCCAGGGGCCGAGCGGGACAGUUUUCUGGCAGCGCGCGCUGGGGUCGCUGGUCGACUCGCUAGAUUCCGUCGCACAAUGCUGUACUUAAGAGAGUCAGUAACUGCUGACUCACAGCAAGGCGGGCUCGGAUUCGGAGGACUUGGAGGAAGAGUGGGUACUACAUUGUCUAUAGCAGUGAAGAGAACUCGACUCCUGGAAGAUACGCUAAGAAUUCUGGGAGAGAUGCAGCCAUUUCAYUAUAGUAAUUUUCGCGCCAGGUUUGAUGGCGAAGAAGGUUCCGGACCUGGCGUCAAUCGAGGUUUUUUUGCCGCUGUUGCGAAUGCUCUGAAGGCGGACAAUAAACUGCCACCGGAUACUACGUCGUUACUUCACGAACCGGGCAAAUUGCCUGAGCAAAGUGGGUUYUAUUCACCAAAGCCCUGGGCUUACACUGAGAAUAUACGGAAUGGGGCGCAACUGAAGACUCGACGUCUCAAGAUGUUUGCGGCUAUCGGUCGAUUCUUAGGUCUCAGUCUGUGGUUCAACAAUACAGUACCGUUAAACUUUAGUCGUCACGUGAUUAAAGUUCUCUUAGACAGGGAGGUGACAUGGGAAGACCUGAUAUUCUUCAAUGCCGAUUUAUUCGAAGGUCUCAGUCGUAUGAUGAUUGACGCGGCKCACCCGUUAAUGACGUCAGAGCGUUUCCAGGCAACGUAUUGCUGUCAUUUUGAGACAUCGGUGGGCGGUACAACGGAAGAGUUAUUACCCGGCGGUUCACAGCUCCCCGUGACCCCAGAGAACAUCUUCAAGUAUGUGAGGCUGUACGCUGGUAAAGUAAUGACCGGCUGCGUUGAAGACGAACUUCGUAGUAUGCGGAACGGACUUCAUGAUGUUAUUCCUACAGAACUAUUGACCACCUUAUCGCCCGAGGAUUUCCAGUUACUUCUGUCAGGAGGGACUACAGACAUUGAUAUCUCUAAACUACGAUCAUUAAUCACCUUCACCAAUAGCAAUGGCUGUUCUAAAGAUAUCUUGGAGCGAUUUAAAAGGUGGUUUUGGUCAAUCGUUCAAAAGAUGACCCCCCUGCAAAGACAGCAGCUGUUAUAUUUUUGUACUGGUAGUGCCGUCUUACCUGUCAUGAACGACAGACGGGACCCUGAACAAGAUUUGAGCGUCACCAUUGAUGUCAUCAGCGGCAACACCAAGGCGUUACCUAUGGCAACYACAUGCGGUCAGCGGAUGAGUAUACCACUUUAUCCAUCCAARCGAAUUUUGAAGAAGAAGCUCUUACAGGCGAUUCAGUGCCAGAGUUAUGGACUGGGGUAGUUACAGAUAAUUCAGAUAAAAAUAGAUUCUUUUGUCACGCAGUCAAAAGAUGGCAAAAUUUGUACCGCUGGAUGUCACGCAGUCAAUCUUUGUGGUAUGAACGCGUCGAAWAACGACGCAAUCAAACUGAGUUCGCUGCAUCAUUUGUUAUUGUUUUUCGCUGAUUUCGUUAUGUUUUUCUCGAGGAGCGAGAUUUGACCGCUGUGCCUAUUUGUAAGGAAUGGGARCGUSACAGUGUUAGCGUAACGCAACUUGCGUAUCGUAAAGAGUUGAACAGUGUGUUUCUUGAUGUGKUCAACAAGCCUAUGUAACGCGSUCGCYAGAGAUGCGUGAUUUUGGAAAACGACAAUUUCGAMAAUUUCGGCCAAUUUUAAGAGAAAUUCUAUCGAAGAAAAAUAGYUGUUAGUCAGCCGUCUCUUUGUAUUUUUAUCCAAAACACUUUGGUCAAAAUUUGCUAAGUAGAAUAUAUCCGUAACGCUGCCGCAAUGAAUUCCUCAAACGAGGUCUUUUUACACUUUUAUGAACAAAGGCCUGGAUACCUAAUGCGAAAAAGCCUGGAAACUUUUUCGUGGACRAAAGGACUUACUUCCUUAUUGUUGUAGGCCUGGUAAUCUAAAGGUCAUGAAAAUUAACUGCUAAGGCUUGGUUACUUUCAAGGAACAAGCCCGGUUAUCUUUUCAUAAAGGAAUGGUUACCAUGUUGAAAAAGGACUUGGCAAUCUCAUUGUAACAGUUAUUUCUUUCGAAAUUUCAACUGGCGAUUUUGAGUAUCGCCAAAAUGGUAUUCCUUCUCUCAAAAGAAUAUGUUAUCAUARAGGUCCAUGAGGUACCUUGCUAUCUACUGAACAUUUCAUAUUACAGUUGUAUAGACAAAUUUGUCAUUAUUUUACMGUAAGUCAAAUGUUUGAUGCUCGAAGCGUUCUGAAUGUGUGCAGAAUACUUACUGAGUUAAUUGGGAUCCCUGUGUUAGUGUAAAUAGAAUCUAAGAGAAGGCCAUGUUAGUAAACUGCUCUGUAAUUUUUUUAGACUCUUUCAUUCGCAUGAGWAAUUGUGAUUUUAUUGUUUGUGUCCACUAUUGGGACGAUCUUGCACUUAAUGAUUAAAAGAGAUUUAGAUUAUUCUGUA